AAAGCACGCCCAUCAUCGUCGCGCAGCUGCUGCUCCACCCCAGCUGCGCGCUGGAGGUGCUGGACCUGUCCAACCAGGAUGUGGGCCUCGAAGGCGCGUGUGCGGUGGGCUCCGCGAUCCGCGCGUCCAGCACCCUGCGUGAGCUCCGCCUGCACAGCUGCGGCCUCUUCGACGAGGGCGGCCAGGUGGUGCUCGACCUCCUGAGGAACACGAGCCUGCAGACCGUGGACCUGCAGAACAACAUCAUAUGAUGGAGUUCGUGACCUGCCAGGCAAUCCUCGAGGUGGCCGACCAGAAGGCGAUGGACGUCGACCUGGACGGCAACCGCGUCUUCGACGAGGUCUUCAACGCAAUCACCCAUGGGAUCGGCGUGUGCCUAGGUGUAGCCGGCAUGGUGCUGCUUCUUGUGAAGGUAAGGAAUAAACCUGAUUAUUACAAGUGCUCCGUUGCGAUUUACUGUGUGUCUGCAACAAUGUUAUAUCUCUUGUCGACCCUGUACCACUCGUUCUUUUCGUUGGGGCGAGCCACAGUUGAAAUAUUCCGGACUUUGGAUUAUUGCGGGAUCUUCUUGUUGAUCUCUGGCACGUACACACCUUUCUUCGUCAUUCUUUUCCAUGGAGAGUGGUGGGCCAAGGCGCUUAUCAGGGGAAUGUGGAUCUCGUCGCUUCUGGGAAUCAGCGUGGCUGCCUUCUACCGCGGACCUGGCGAAACGGCGCUGCGGCUGACCUUCUUCCUGGUCAUGGGAUGGACGUGUGUCGCUGUCAUACGGGAGAUCCUGCGGGAGCUGGGCCGCGAGGGAGCCGUCCUGCUAGUGGUCGGCGGGAUUCUUUACAGCGCAGGGAUACCCUUCUUCGUACGCGGUGGGCACAUGUGGGAGAUGCCGGACCACUCCAUCUGGCAUCUGUUCGUGCUCGCCGCCAGCACUUGUCACUUCUUCGCGAUCUACUGGUACGUGGUCGACCGUCCAGUCAAGAAGGUCUCCGAGAACAGACUUGACGAGACAUUGAUGACAGCCGGCUCGGACUGCUCGGACAACGAAAGCAUUCUGGAGGCGAGUGAGAUUCCAUGAUCAUGGGCCAUUUGGUUUCUCUCUCUUUUUCUCUCUCUCUCUCUCUGUGGGGAGGGGAUAAACAGUCACCUCCAAGCCACGGUAUGAUGGUAGGAACUGCCCAUCUCCUUCCAGAUCUGACCACUCCCUGGCGUUUCGGCAAUUCUCUGCAUGGGCCGCCCGUGCGACGUCACGGGCCUGCAAUCGUUCUUUCUUAUGCGGCUCGCAGCUGCUCGCCGCGGGGCCAGCCCGCAGCCCACCCGCUGCAGGGGCGGCCUCCUGCGGCACGCCUGCUGCCGCUCGCCGCCGGGGCAGUUUUCUUCUCGCGAGAGUCCCUUCAUCAGGCAGUGGCGAAGCGUCCUGGCUCGCCCAGAGCCCUUCCAAAACAUUUUCGGGUUCUAAGAACAUUCUGUGGUAGGACUAUAGGAAUGCCGGGACGGUCGGUCCCUGCUCAACCCCGGCGCGACGGGCGGCAGCUCGCAGACCCGAGCGCGCUGUGCGGCAGAUGCCAUUGUGCAGCGCGUCUCCCAGGCGUGAGCCAGGUCAGCCUCAGGCGAGAGCCUCAAUCAUCUAUCUUGUCCGACGGCGCGCCCCAUUGAGAGGGGAGCCGGUGACAGUCGGCAAAGUUCACCGCCCAUGGCAACGGCACGUGCGUGUCGCGCUGCGCUCGCCACAGACCCGGGCCCAAGCGCUGCCAUGAUAAAAAGGGUCGGGCGG